AUGGACGAUUCCGAUCUGGAGUGGUUGAGGACCCAACGCCGGCAGGAGUUCUUGCGUCAGAGAAAAGCCUUUGAGCUGUGGAAGCAAAUGGGCCAUGGCGAGAUCCUCGAGUCUGGGGGUGAGGUGGAAUUCUUCAGCCUGUCCAAGUCGAAUCCGAAAGUGUUGGUGCACUUCUACAAGAAGGACCUGAACGUCGAACGUUCCCAGUACCUCACCAAAAAAAUGCAGGCCUUGGCAUCCAAGUACAUCGACAUCCUCUUUGUCGCUGCCGAUGUUGAAAGACAUCCAUUCCUCGUCUCACGCCUGAACAUCGUUGUCAUUCCCACCGUAAGAAUCACUGCCAGUUGGCGUUCCUUGCUGCCGUUCCUCACCGACCGUGCUGCUCAGAUCGUCUUUAUAAAAGAGAUGCGGAUAACUCACGGCAUGACCGGAUUCGCAGAGUUGAACAACUCCGACGACUGGACAGAAGCGGACCUGGAGGCACUGAUGACCCAGCACGGGAUGUUCGAAGAAUACGCGCCGGAUUGGAAGGAGAACUUUGCGGCGGACAACGACGUCGGUCACGAGUUCUUCAGCUGA